AUGGAGAAAAUCCAGGAGCUAGCCUACCAACACCUCCAGCAAGCAAAACUUCACUCCAAACAACUGUAUGGUAGAGAUGCACGACCAUUAGAGUUAAAAAUUGGACAGUUUGCCUAUGUGCAAAAGGAACCGAAGUUGGGAAAAUUAGACCAGGCAUACACAGGCCCCUAUGAAAUAGUGGACAUAACCGAGAAGGGGAACGGAAUGGAAGGAAGAAUUCCCGUUUAUGUAGAUGGAUCCUACUCAUUCAACGGCGAUGUUAGAGCUAAGGCCGGAAUCGGAAUCUGGUUCGGGGAAAAACACCCCUUGAAUACCUACAAAACUCUGGACGGAACACGAGCCACAAACAUCAUCGCUGAGACGGCUGCCGCCGUUGAAGCAUGCAAAAUUUGCCUAACACAUGACAUUCAAAGAAUCACCAUCCUCACGGACUCUAAAUAUCUGACCAGCUCCAUGACUCAACACCUGCCGAAAUGGAAAGCUAACGGAUGGCUAACCUCCAAGGGCAAACCAGUAGUAAACCAGCAACUGUUACAACAGCUAGACCAACUAAUGCAGCAGCUAGAUGUCCAACUGACCUACAUACCAGGACACAAGGGAAUACAUGGCAACGAACGAGCGGAUGAGCUAGCGAAGUUGGGAUCUGAGCUCCAUCAGUAA